UGGUGAAGGGUACCACCAACUGCCCCCAGGGUCCUCAGGAGGCCAGGGACGUGAGCUCGGCGGAUGCCCUCAUCCUCCGGGGAGGCAGGCGGGUGCGCCCUAGCUGAGCCUUCUCUGCCUGUCCCCCUUUGUCCCCGGCCCCGGUGCCACCAGCUGAAGAAAGACGCCGAGUUCCGGGAGUUCCUGUCGGUUCAUCAGAAGCGGACGCAGACAGCCACUUGGGCGAACGAUGCCCUGGACGCCGAGCCCUCGGAAGGGAAGGGCAGGCCUGCCAGUGACUACCUGAACUUCGACUCCGACUCGGGGCAGGAGAGUGACGAGGAGGGGCCUGGGGAGGACCCGGAAGAGGAGGGUGGCCGCGAACCCAGGGCGGCCGUGCAGCAGGAACUGUCCGACAUGGACUACCUGAAAUCCAAGAUGGUCACGUCCGAGUCGCUGUCAUCCUCGGAAGAGGAGGGGAGCGAAGACGAAGCUGUCAGCUGUGCGGACGGGAGCAAGGCCGUCCGUCAAGACGGAGGGGGGCGCGCGGCUGGCCCGGAGCAGGACGCGCCGUCCAGGGACAAGAGGCCGGGGGCGGCCGGCGCUGAGGCAGACAAACCAGCAACCCAGAAGGAACCCACCACCCCCCACACCGUGAGGCUGCGGGGAGCCCCGUUCAACGUCACGGAGAAGAAUGUCAUGGAAUUCCUGGCCCCGCUGAGACCAGUGGCCAUUCGAAUAGUGAGAAAUGCUCACGGGAACAAGACAGGGUACAUCUUUGUGGAUUUCAGCAGCGAGGAGGAAGUGAAACAAGCUCUCAAAUGCAACAGGGAGUACAUGGGCGGGCGCUACAUCGAGGUGUUCAGGGAAAAGAACGCCCCCACGGCCAAGGGGCCCUUGAAGAACAGCGCCAAACCCUGGCCAGGCCGGACCCUCGGGGAGAACGAAGAGGAGGAGGACCUGGCCGACUCUGGGAGGCUCUUCGUACGGAACCUGCCCUACAGCAGCACCGAGGAAGACCUGGGACAGCUCUUCUCCAGAUUCGGUCCCCUGUCUGAGCUUCAUUACCCCAUUGACAGCCUGACCAAGAAACCCAAGGGCUUUGCCUUCGUCACCUUCAUGUUCCCCGAGCACGCCGUGAAGGCCUACGCGGAAGUGGAUGGGCAGGUGUUCCAGGGCAGGAUGCUACAUGUGUUACCGUCCACCAUCAAGAAGGAAGCCAGUGAGGACACUGAUACCUCAGGAUCAUCGUCUUAUAAGAAGAAGAAAGAAUCUAAAGACAAAGCCAACAGCUCCAGCUCUCACAACUGGAACACGCUGUUCAUAGGCCCUAACGCUGUGGCCGACGCCAUUGCACAGAAAUACAGCGCCACCAAGAGUCAAGUGUUUGACCACGAGACCAAGGGCAGUGUGGCCGUGCGUGUGGCCCUAGGGGAGACCCAGCUCGUUCAAGAAGUGCGUCGCUUCCUCCUGGACAACGGGGUCAGCCUGGACUCCUUCAGCCAGGCCGCAGCCGAGCGAAGCAAGACUGUAAUUCUGGUGAAGAACCUCCCGGCGGGCACCCUGGCGGCCGAGCUGCAGGAGACCUUCGGCCGAUUCGGCAGCCUGGGCCGAGUGCUGCUGCCCGAGGGCGGUGUCACUGCCAUCGUGGAGUUCCUGGAACCCCUGGAGGCCCGGAGGGCCUUCAGGCAUCUGGCCUACUCCAAGUGUCGCCACGUGCCCCUGUAUCUGGAAUGGGCUCCGGUGGGCGUCUUCUCCAGCUCCGCCCCGCAGAAGAAGGAACCCCGAGACCCCCCAGCAGGACCUGCGGAAGAGGGCGCGGCGGAGCCGGAAACCUUGCCAGACAACGAGACCCCGGAAGGUGAAAAGCCAACAGAGAGAGGAGCUGAGGACGCUCCAGCGAAAGAGGAAGAAGAGGAGGAAGAGGAGGAGGAGGAGAGCACCCCCGGGUGUACCCUGUUUAUUAAAAAUCUCAACUUUGCCACGACCGAGGAGACCCUGAAGGAAGUGUUUUCCAGAGUGGGAAUGGUGAAGAGCUGCUCUGUUUCCAAGAAGAAGAACAAAACAGGAGAGCUGCUCUCCAUGGGAUUUGGGUUCGUGGAAUACAGGAAGCCGGAGCAGGCCCAGAAAGCUCUCAAGCAGCUCCAGGGUCACAUCGUGGACGGCCACAAGCUGGAAGUGAGGAUCUCGGAACGAGCCACGAAGCCAGCUCUGACGUCCGCUCGGAAGAAACAAGUGCCCAGAAAGCAGACGACCUCAAAGAUCCUGGUGCGCAACAUCCCCUUCCAGGCCGACAGCCGGGAGAUCCGAGAGCUCUUCAGCACCUUCGGGGAGCUGAAGACCGUCCGCUUGCCGAAGAAGAUGAGCGGGACAGGCUCGCACCGAGGGUUCGGCUUUGUGGACUUCCUCACGAAGCAGGAUGCAAAGAGAGCCUUCCACGCCCUGUGCCACAGCACCCACCUGUACGGCCGGAGGCUGGUGCUGGAGUGGGCCGAUUCCGAAGUGAGCCUGCCAGCCCUGAGGCGGAAGACGGCCGAGCGUUUCCACGAGCCCCCGAAGAAAAAGCGGUCUGUGAUGUUGGACGAGAUCCUGGAGCAGCUGGAAGACAGUGAAAAUGACAGUGAGGAGCAAACCCUUCAGCUGCGAGCUGGCACCGAGAGGGUUUAGUGAGAAAAAAAUGCCGCCUUAAUCCACGAAGAACCCCCGGGCGUGGGGCCGAGCACGUGAGACCAGCCCAGAAACUCCUGUUCUCGCCUUCCCCUGUGGGGCUGUUAGCGGGGGGUUCCCACCCACGGCCCUCCACGGGAGUGCUCCCGGCUGGGGACUUGGCCUCCGUCCUGCUCCAAGGUCACGUGGGACCGCCAGCGACCGAGCACGGGGCUGGGGAGCCUCUGAGCUGCUCACGAAGCCCAGCCACCAGCCUCACCAGUUGCGCCUAAGCCGUGUCUCUGAUGGCGGACGCCCUCCGCGCACAGGCAGGGGACCCCGUGAGACGCGCCCCGGCCCCGGCAGGCGGUGUCGAAAGGCUUAUCCCGGGCUUGGGGCGCCCGUGCACACACACCUGCUCCAGCCUGGAAAUACGGCCUCCCCCGUGGGGAGGAAAGAGCCACAGCUGGUCUGCUCUGGGUCUGAAUCCCAGCCUCGCCCUCCUCAGCCCCGGCCGCAGACCAGGGAGGUCCCUUCUGACCCCCGGCUUCCCUUUCUGUACGAUGGAGGUGACAUUGUGCCAGCCUGGUGUUUGACUGCCCCCAUCAACCCAAGUAAAGCCCAGAGAAAAUGCCCAUCAGCACUUCUGUUCUUAAUUUGGGACCUCUGGCCAGGGCUCCAGGUGCGCGUCCAGGAACCUUCCGACUUUGCAGAAAACCGGGUCUGUGCGUUUCCAGAGGUGGGAGGUUCCCGUCUCCAUCCGGUUGCCUGAGCCGUCUGGAACCCCAGCGAAGCUCCACGGCGCUGGUCGCUCUGUGAGGCUCAGCCCGUGGGGCAGGGGCCCGGCCCUGGGAGACAACGGAGGCAAAAGGCACAAACCCCGAGUGGCUUGGUCGCCAGCCUUUAUGCCGGAGUGUCCCGCAGAGAGCAGGUGCGGCCAGUGUGCAGGUCGGGCUGUACGGCAGGAUCAGUGUUAAGCCUCACCCCGGCCAGGCCCUCGGGUGGCCAGUCCCCCCGGGUGCCGUGGGUCUUGGGUGUGACGGGCCUGCCCCAUUCGCCCGCCACUGCCUGUCCCGUUGAGCGGCACGUGGGUCCCCCUGGCGGAACACACGAUUUGUGCUCCCACUGCCAGAGCCAGGCCGAUGGUGGGGGGUAGUCCGUGUCACCAAAUAGGCCACCGGACCCCCUGGGCCUGGCACACGGGAGGCGUCGCUGGCACAGACUUAAGUGACUCGGAUGAAGGUACCAGAACAUCCCCAGGGCAGGACCGGCCAAGUCCUGCAGCCUGGAUGCAUUCACACCAGCCUGGGGUACGCUGGGUCCCCUUCCCUCUCGCUGCCCUGCCUGGCCUCUCU